AUGGAGAAAACCCGUCAUGAAUCACAAGGAAUGACGGCGUCGGAUGUCGAUGUCAUAUGGUUGCGGAACUCGCUGAUUAACUACCGCCCUGGACAAGGCACUGGCGUGCAGGACCCACACUUCUUGGAGGUUGUAAAGAGACACGUCCCCGUUCAAGGUGAUAAGGUUUGUCUUGUUUCCAACAUAGAUGACCCGAAGUGGGGACGCUUCGUGCCAUACACACUCUGUCGCCGUCACUAUUGGUCCGACAAAAAGUACAAGGUCAAGACAUUCAUUCAAUCCCAGCCUUGCGACAACAUCAGAAUUGAGGGCACGCUGCUGCUUCACUUUGUUUGCCGCGAACCCCUUCCAUUGAAUGUACUGAAAUACAUUGCGACUAGCGAUCCCAGCGCUCUUCAAACAACGUGUUCAGUCUCCGCGCCAUCGUCCCAUUCGUUGGUCUCUGGACUGAUGUUCAGCCGAGCUCUGCCACUUCAUGUGGCCAUUGAGAUGUUCCGCUUCGACCCUAAAAAAACAAUGAUCUUUCCAGCCUUCAAGUACUUGGUUGAACAAUUUCCCCAGGCGUUGGCUAUCCGCAAUUGUAAGGGAUCGCUGCCGCUGGAACAGGCCUGCAAUAUCGGAGCGACCCCCCCUUCUCUCCUUCGAUACCUUGACAAGCAUCACUCGACGUCGAGUGAUGCUCCAGAACUCAAGCAAGAUCCAUUCUGGCUGGCAUGCAAAGCGGGUCAUCCACUACCAAACUUGCUCACGUUGCUGUGUCGCGAUGUCCCCCUUGCGGCCAUUCGACGUUGGCAUCUUGCCACUCAGGAUCGGGAGGAAAGCAGAGCCAAAAACAGAGUGAGGGGUCUUGUCCACAAGGCAGAACGUCUCAUGCAAAACUUGCACGACAAGGAAUUG